UCACACUGACCAGCACCACCAAUUUCGAGUCAAAAAACAACUGUUUGUAAAAUUCUUUAAAUUAUUUAUAAAACCGACUAUAAACCAACAGAAAAUGGCCGCUAAAGUAGCAAGCACCGCGAACAAAGUGUUCCAGAACCACGAUGAUGUACACAUUUCCUUCGAGGAUCAGCAGCGUAUCAAUCGCUUUGCGAAGCACAAUGCUCGCAUGGAUGACCUGAAGAUGGAGCUGGACGUGAAGAAGAACGAGCUGAAGUGCGUGGAGGAGGCACUGGAUGAGAUUGAGCUGUUCGACGAGGACGAGGACAUUCCCUUCCUGGUGGGAGAGGUCUUCCUGUCGCACAAGCUGGGCAAGACUCAGGAGCUGCUUGCAGAGACCAAGGAUAUGGUCAUUAAGGAGAUUGGCAGCAUUGAGGCCAAGGCCAAGGCAAUCAAAGUCGAAAUGGACGAGCUGAAGGCACAUCUUUACCAGCGCUUUGGCAGCAACAUCUCGCUGGAGAACGACGACUAGACGCCACCCCACACCACACCCAGUCUUCAGUUGAUCACGAUUCUCUGGCAUUUACCAUUUACAAAAUAGAGUACAUUUAAUUUAAACUCAA